AUGGCGUCCCGAGGCGCUUCCACAUCUGGGCGAGGGCCGAGAGUUAAGAGACAAAAACCUGACCCGCCUGGAUCUACACUCUGCUCCCUUGAGUCGCUUGAGGCGUUGAGGCAUCGCUUCGGAAUAUCCGAGGCGGUGGAGUUUGUCGUUCCCGAGAAGAGCGACCGAGCCGACAAGCUUCCAGAGAAUCACUUCACUCUGUACGAGGCGUUCUUCAAGCUUUGCUUCCUCUGGUUCCCGAUCCCCGGGGUGAUCCUCGAAUACCUUUGGAAACACGAGAUCUCGAUUGGGCAGAUUAUGCCGAGGGGAUUGCGGCAUAUGAUCGGCAUUUUAGUCCGAAACUUCGAAUGCGGUCUCGACAUCGAGCUGAACCAUCUGCUGAACUUGCUGGAAAUCAGGAAAGCCCCGAAAGGAAAUAGGUUCUAUAUUUCCAACAAGGCGAAGCGACGAAUUAUUGGCGUUCGGUGCUAUCUUCCCCCGAUUCCCAACGAUCUCUUUACUGUUCGAGACUCUCUUUCGGCGCGGAAGGUUAAUUGGAGAAAAAACUUCACCCUCGAAAGAGUAGAAAAGGCGCGAGCCAUCCUUGCCGGAGUCCCCGUCAGUUCUUCGUCCUCCAGUUCUUCGAGAGAUACCCGGGAGAAGAUGGUAGUAAUCGCCCUCAGAGAAAGGAAGAGGCGCGAGGAAGAGGAAGCCGCUAGACGAGCUGCCGAGGCGGCUCGCACGCAAACCGAGGUGGUUCCGGUGCAAGCCAAGGCAGUCUCAGCGCAAACCAAGGCCGUCCUUCAACCCGACCCUCCGAGCCGUGAAGGGGAUGUGAUGAUCCGAGCUGCAGAAGGCAACGCUGCCGAGGCGGUCGAAAAAGAGACAGCGUCCGAGGUAGAACCGGGCGAGAUAAUCCCCGAGGCGUCAGGGGACGACUCGGCGGCGCGGAGCAAAACACCUUCGCACUCCGCCAUUCUGGCUUUCUCGAAGUCGACGAGGCCGCCGACUUCGGUCGUCCAGAAGCAUGACCCAAGCCGAAAGCGUUCGGCUGCCGACAAAGGGAAAGGCGUCGCCGUUCAAAAGGACGAGCCGGCGAAGAAAAGGCGAAAUCCGACGCCAGGGGACCCUGCUGCGCGUAAGUUGGUCGUUGACGACCCUGACGCCUCGGCCGUCAUGUUCUCGCGUGUUAGUAACGCGAACACGCGCCUUCCCCCUCCGGAGAAGCUGAGGAGGCCGAGGUCAUACGGCGCGAUGGCACAGUGCAGUACUAAGUUUGUCACGGCCAUUAAUGACCUGAUGGCCGAGUACGAGGUGGACCUUUCUAAAGUUGAACGUCGCUUGGACGAGGCCCGAAAUGAGACCGCGGCGUCAAAGGUGAAGCUGGAAGAGGCGCAAAACGAAGCCGCGACAGCGAAGGGGAAACUCACCGAGGCGAUGACUCGAGUGUCGAGGUUGGAAGAGGAGAAGAUAGUUCUCCGAGCAGACGUCAACAAAGUUUCCGCCUCGGUGAUUCGCCUGGAGGAAGCAAGGAGAGCCAAAAGCGCCUAUGUGGCAUUGCUUAAGAGGCGCAUCGAGGCCAAGGACGCGCUGUUCGAAGCCAAGGUCAAACGCGCGAAGAAGGAGGCGAGGCGCGAGCUGACGGCGAAGUUUCAGGAACGCCUCGCUAAGGUGGAGGAGGGUUUGGUCAAGCUCGAGAAGGCCAAAAAUGAUGAGAACGAUCUGGGACAGAUCAAGGGCAAUCUUGCGAUGAUUGCCGACCUGAAGAAGCCGGACGCCCAGACGCUUGACGACGAGUAG